GCCACAGUUUAAUUUUGACUUUCCUCUGUUCCUCUUUAACAGCCCAUGUAGCAGGAUGAGAGCAGAGGCGCUGUUACUGUCCAUGAUAAUAAUGUCUGCACUGAGUUUAUUGCGAUUGAAUGGACAAAACUUGGCAGACGAAUCCUGCACUGUUCAGAUCCUCGUCCCUGGACUCAAAGGAGAACCAGGAGAUAAAGGACACAAAGGGGUACCGGGGAGGCCGGGAAGAGUCGGCCCCCCAGGAGAGAUCGGUCAAACUGGUCUGAAAGGACAGAAAGGCAUCAUGGGACGUUAUGGAAAAGUAGGCCCAAGUGGAAUGAAAGGUGUAAAAGGAGAAAUGGGAGAUCCAGGUCCGAGGGGUCCUGAUGGAGAGCCAGGGGUUCCGUGUGAGUGUGCACCAAUGAGAAAGAGGAUUGGAGAAAUGGACAUUCUUGUGGCCCAGCUAACCUCUGAGCUGAAAUUCAUUAAAAAUGCUGUUGCUGGCAUAAAAGAGACAGACAGUAAGGUGUAUCUGUUGGUGAAGGAGGAGAAGCGCUACUCCGACGCCGAGGCCUACUGUCAGACGAGGGGAGGGCACCUGGCUAUGCCCAAGGAUGAGGCGGCCAACGCAGCCAUCGCGGCGUACAUCACCGACGCCGGCCUGAGCAGGGUCUACAUCGGCAUUCACGACCUGGACCGAGAGGGCGUCUUCACCUACGUGGAUCGAUCUCCCAUGACCACUUUCAGCAAAUGGAGAAGAGGGGAGCCCAACAACGCUUACGAUGAUGAGGACUGUGCAGAGAUGGUGUCCUCAGGCGAGUGGACUGAUGUGGCCUGUCAUCCCACCAUGUAUUUUGUUUGUGAAUUUGACAAAGAUAGUGGUUGAGAUCAGGCUUA